GGACACGCUGCACUUCUCUUGGGGCGCUCUUCCCCUUGGCCGACCCGCGCAACUUUGGGACAGUGGCUGUUUGGUGUUGAAUGUUCUCCUCCGAGAGCGCAUGGCUGGGGAAGCGAGGUGCGGGCCCGGUUCCCGAGGGGCCGCCGUCUGGGAGGCGGUGCUGCUGUGGCUGUGCCUGGGAGUCCCGACCGGGCACCCCUACAACGUGGACACCGAGAGCGCGCUGCUCUACCAGGGCCCCCCCAACACCCUGUUCGGCUAUUCGGUGGUGCUGCACAGCCACGGGGCGAACCGAUGGCUCGUAGUGGGGGCGCCCACGGCCAAUUGGCUUGCCAACGCUUCAGUGGUCAAUCCCGGUGCGAUUUACAGAUGCAAGAUCGGAAAGAAUCCAGACCUGAAUUGCGAACAGCUCCAGCUGGGUAGCCCUAAUGGAGAACCUUGUGGAAAGACUUGUCUGGAAGAAAGAGACAAUCAGUGGUUGGGGGUCACGCUUUCCAGACAGCCGGGAGAAAAUGGAUCCCUCGUGACUUGUGGGCAUAGAUGGAAAAAUAUAUUUUAUAUAAAGAAUGAAAAUAAGCUCCCUACGGGUGUUUGCUAUGGAAUGCCCUCUGAUUUACGGACAGAACUAAGUAAAAGAAUAGCUCCAUGCUAUCAAGAUUAUGUGAAAAAAUUUGGAGAAAAUUUUGCAUCGUGUCAAGCUGGAAUAUCUAGUUUUUACACAGAGGACUUAAUUGUGAUGGGAGCCCCAGGAUCAUCUUAUUGGACCGGCUCUCUUUUUGUCUACAAUAUAACUACAAAUAAAUACAAGGCUUUUUUAGACACAAAUAAUCAAGUUAAAUUUGGAAGUUACUUAGGAUACUCAGUAGGAGCUGGUCAUUUUCGGAGUCCACAUACAACUGAAGUAGUUGGAGGAGCCCCUCAACAUGAACAGAUUGGUAAAGCAUACAUAUUCAGCAUCGAUGCAAAAGAACUAAAUAUCUUACAAGAAGUGAAAGGAAAAAAGCUUGGCUCUUACUUUGGAGCUUCUGUGUGUGCUGUGGACCUCAACGCAGAUGGCUUCUCAGACCUACUGGUGGGAGCGCCCAUGCAGAGCGUCAUCAGGGAGGAAGGCAGAGUGUUCGUGUACGUCAACUCUGGCUGGGGAGCAGUAAUGAAUGAAAUGGAAACAGAGCUCAUUGGAAGUGACAAAUAUGCUGCAAGAUUUGGGGAAUCUAUAGUUAAUCUUGGUGACAUUGAUAAUGAUGGCUUUGAAGAUGUUGCUAUUGGAGCUCCACAAGAAGAUGACUUGCGAGGUGCUAUUUAUAUUUACAACGGCCGAGCAGAUGGAAUCUCGUCAGUGUUCUCACAGAGAAUUGAAGGACUUCAAAUCAGCAAAUCAUUAAGUAUGUUUGGACAGUCUAUAUCGGGACAAAUUGAUGCAGAUAAUAAUGGAUAUGUAGAUGUGGCAGUUGGUGCUUUUCGGUCUGAUUCUGCUGUGUUGCUAAGGACAAGACCUGUAGUGAUUGUCGAAGCUUCCUUAAAGCAUCCUGAGUCAGUAAAUAGAACAAAUUUUGACUGUGUUGAAAAUGGAUUGCCUUCUGUGUGCAUGGAUCUAACACUCUGUUUCUCAUACAAGGGCAAAGAGGUUCCAGGUUAUAUUGUUUUGUUUUAUAACAUGAGUCUGGAUGUGAACCGGAAGAUAGACUCUCCGUCAAGAUUCUACUUUUCUUCUAAUGGAACGUCUGAUGUGAUCACGGGCAGCAUAAAAGUGUCAAGCAGAGUAGCUAACUGCAAAACACAUCAAGCGUUUCUGCGGAAAGAUGUGCGGGACAUCCUCACCCCCGUUCGGAUUGAAGCUGCUUACCGCCUUGGGCAUCAUGUCAUCAGUAAACGAAAUGCAGAAGAGUUCCCACCACUUCAGCCAAUUCUCCAGCAGAAGAAAGAAAAAGACAUAAUUGAAAAAACAAUAAACUUUGCAAGAUUUUGUGCCCAUGAAAAUUGUUCAGCUGAUUUACAGGUUUCUGCGAGAUUUGGAUUUUUAAAACCACAUGAAAAUAAGACCUAUCUUGCUGUUGGAAGUAUGAAGACAGUAAUGUUGAAUGUGUCCUUGUUUAAUGCUGGAGAUGAUGCGUAUGAAACAGCUCUGCACAUCACACUCCCCGCUGGCCUUUACUUCAUUAAGAUUUUAGAUCUGGAAGAAAAACAAAUAAGCUGUGAAGUAACAGACAGCUCUGGCUUAGUCAAACUUGACUGCAGUGUUGGUUACAUAUAUGUUGAUCACCUAUCAAGGAUAGAUGUCAGCUUUCUGCUGGAUGUGAGCUCACUCAGCAGAGCGGAAGAGGAUCUCAGCAUCACAGUGCACGCCACCUGUGCAAAUGAGGGGGAAAGGGAGGACCUGACGCGGAACAGAGUGACUUUAGCAAUACCUCUCAAGUACGAGGUCAUGCUAACUGUUCAUGGAUUUGUCAACCCAACUUCAUUUGUGUAUGGACCAAAGGAAGAAAAUGAGCCUGAAAUGUGCAUGGCAGAGAAAAUGAACUUCACUUUCCAUGUUAUCAACAUGGGUCACAGCAUGGCUCCAAAUGUUAGUGUGGAAAUAAUGGUACCGAAUUCUUUUACCCCCCAAACCGAUAAGCUGUUCAACAUUUUGGAUGUCCAGACUACUGCUGGAGAAUGCCACUUUAAAAAUUAUCAAAGAAAGUGUGCAUUAGAGCAGGAGAAAGGUUCAAUGGAGUUCCUGAAAGACAUUUUCAAAUUCUUGUCCAAGACUGAUAAGAAGCUACUGUUCUGCAUAAAAGAUGAUCCAUACUGUUUAAAUUUUUUCUGCCACUUUGGGAAAAUGGAAAGUGGAAAAGAAGCCAGUGUUCACAUUCAGCUGGAAGGCCGGCCAUACCUUUCAGAAAUGGAUGAGACUUCGGCCCUCAAGUUUGAAAUAAGAGCAACAGCUUUUCCAGAGCCUAAUCCAAAAGUUAUUGAACUAAACAAAGAUGAGACUGUUGCACAUGUUCUGCUUGAAGGACUACAUCAUCAAAGACCCAAACGUCAUUUCACAAUAGCAAUUAUUUCAAGUAGCUUGUUCCUUGGACUUAUUUUGCUUUUAUUGAUUUCAUAUGUUAUGUGGAAGGCUGGCUUCUUUAAAAGACAGUACAAAUCUGUCCUCCAAGAAGAAAACAGAAGGGACAGCUGGAGCUACGUUAACAGCAAGAGCAACAAUGAUGAUUAAAGACUUCUUUCAAAUUGAGAGAAUAGACUCAGGUUAACCAAAGAAAUUCAAGACAGUGUUUACAAGAAACCCAGAAUUCUGCUUAGAUUUCUCCUAUGUACUUCAUUCAUUCAUGACCUUGUGACAUACUAGGUCUCGAUGCAAGUGAAAAAUCCCAAGCAAUGAUUACUCUUCCAGAGGAAAAUAAUCUCUCAGUUCUAAACAGAUAGAAAAAAACACUAAAGCAUUCAGUUUAUUCAAGGUAAGUAAUCCCUCGAAGAUACCUUGAAAUGAAAGUGCAUCUGAAUUAAAUCAUGUUGAGGAAGUAAACAACUCAUUUGGAGAGGUCUUGGACUUGAAAUAUCAUUCCUUUAAAAGAAAUAAUUUGCCAGGUGUGCUUGCUUCGGUAAAAUAAACUCCACUGAAUAGGCAAUGAUUCAUUUCUAAUAGAUAUUUGGGACUCACUGGAAAAAUCCAGCUAAAUAUAUUUAAAGAAUGAAGAGCUGUUCCUCAAUUUUCUUAUGAAUAAAAGAAGACGACUAAUGUUUUAAAGCAGAUUUUAUCUUUGAAGAUCUUUAUUUCUAAUACCUUUAUGAUGGGCUUUGAUCAACAACCAUUUAGUCAGCAGUCUAUGUAAGAGCACUUGGGGCCUGAGGAGCAAAUUCCAGACUGAAUUUAUACACUGGUUUGAGUUUAAUGACUUCUGAAUAAUUACUGUUUAUACAGCUAUGGAUUCUCUCUGUAUAUAUACAUAAGUUCUUAAAAGAAUAUAACACAUUUUUAUCAAGGGUACCCAGGAGUAAUGUCUAAAAUCCAUUUUUAGUGAAAUUUUUUUACUUACAAAAAAAAAUUUUUUUACUUACUGUUUUAGUGGUAAGUAAAAUAGUUUUUAUGAAAAAGCAAAAGUACUUAAGAACAAAAGUACUUAAGAAUUCUAACUUAUACUCUGAAACAGAUUGUGAAUGUUGCACUUUAGCUUAUAUUUCAAAUAUAAAUACACUGAUAAUAUGUCAAAUAUGAAAACUGUACCUCAUUAAUGACUCUUAAAAAGCCAAACUCUACGAAGACCAUGCUUGGAGGCCAGUAUUUCAUAUAAAUUAGAUACUAUGUAAAAUAGUGACUGUCAAAUCAAGCAAAUGCCCCUACUUGUGUAGAUAUUACUUUCUCCUCAGAUGUAUGUAUUACAUGUGUUUUUAUCAGGUGUGUAAGAGCAUUCUCGUCUGCAUGGAAUUAGAGAAACAAAAUCUGGAAAUUUAACUUUUAGCUUGUAUUCAGUGAAUAUAAAUGUGACAUAAAAAUUUCCAUGAUCUGUUUUAGUGGUAAGUGAAAUAGUUUUUAUGAAAAAGCUUCUGGAUUUUAAAUAUUCUGUAGUAUCUUUUCACUUGCAAAUACAGUCCUUUUUCAUAUUUAUUCAGGCAUGUGACCUGGAUGCUGAUAGCUGUGAGUUGUCCUAUAUCUGUCUUUAUUAUUGGAAGCAAUUAAAUAGUAAAAGACUUCUGUCUAUCUGAAGCCCCUGCCAACAGCAGUCUUUCUCAGGCUGCUGAAAUUCCUGCAGGUUCUCUGUUCAUGAGCCCACAUUAGUAAUUGGUGGCCAGAGAACAAGGAGGGCAGAGUUUCUGAAGGCACUCGAUGGGUGAAACCCAAUCUGCGAGCAUGAACCCUCCUGAACACGGUAUAUCCCAGCAGUCAUUAAUUAAGCUUCAAAAGGUAUUAUAUAAGCAAAUGAUCUGCUUUUUUCAUUACAUAAAAAGCAAAGUAAUCCUUUCAGGAGAUUUUCUGGAAUCAUUGGUGAAGGAUGAUCUCUGAGGCAAUUUAAAUUGGGCUCUUUUCUAUCCAGAGAUGAUAGCAUGUGGGGUAUUGAGUGUGCUAAACCAGUGUGCUAGGAUUGCUGGAUAACACGACUUUCAGAAGCAAAGAGAAAACAGCUCCUCACUAGAUAGCUACUUCUCAUACUUCAAAAUUUGUUAUGGAUUUGAAAAUACUUAAAGAAAAUCAACAACUUUUAGCUUUCAGGGAAUAGUCACAAAAUCAGUUCCCUAACAACUUAAAAUAGUUUAUCUCUUUGGCAAAUAACGUAGGUAUUGGAGCCAUUUUGAAAUCUGGAUUAGGAUCUCACCAGGGCAUCCUUAGGUAAUCUCUGGCAUCCAUCUGUAGGAACCAGGCUGUAGGAAAUUUUAUACCCAUAGAGGAUGGACUCAAAUCCUGAAAGGUGAAAGCAUCCAAAUUAUUUCACUUGGGAAUUACUGACAGAUCAUCAUGAUGUUUUGAGUAUAUGAAUGUUUACUUUCAGUUCCAAUAAAUACUUUCUGAAACCCAGAAUUUAAUUCAUUAUAUUUCAUGGCUUAAGUUAUAGAAGCCAAUUUUUAGCAACAAAAAUAGCAAUUUUCAUUUCUUUAAAAAAAUAACUUUUCCCCUAUAUCUUUAAUGUAUGACCAGUUCCUUCCUAUUAAAAUUCUAGUUUGUACAUUUCUUUUAUAAACAAUUACAUGUUACUUUGGAAUCAUUCAUUUCUUCCAUGCUUCCUCCAUAAAGACUGAUAAGUCUUGGGUGUAAUCUGUAAGAAAUAGAUGUGUAAUUAUUUCAUCAACCUCUUGUUAUUUUUCACACACAUAUACCUAUUGAGUCUGGUACAUAAUACCAAAUACCAAUCUAACGACAGGAAGGCAAACCUCCAUUCGUGGCAGAGCUCAAUCUUGUAAAUGUAGAGGGGUUGCUGAUAGAUGGACACUGGUAAUUACUGUAACAUCCAGACAUUGUGCCUACAGGGUGCCGCUCCUGCCCCGGUCUUCCACCCCUUGAGUCCUAAUGCUUUCCAGCAAUGAGUCUGCAUGGUCCUAAACUUGUUUCAUGCCAGUUGUCCUGUUACAGAGUAUAUAAAACUGUUGCUGUGUUGAGAAGGUUGAAUGCUGGGGAAAGGGCUGAAAGCAGCCCGCCACUGAAUACAAAGUGAUCAAGACUGGAGCUUUCAAUGUGUACCCAUCCGCUGUGCAGAGCGCGUUCACAAGGUUAAGCUCUCGAUCCACUUUCAAGAUUACAAAACAUAUAUUGCUAAAAUCACAAAACAAAUUGUAGACAUUAUCUGUACAGUUUAGGGAGAAUGGUCAUUUGAAAUGCCAAUAUACUCAGAAAAUUUGGUGAUGAGUCUAUACGAAAAUGCUUGGGCUGUAUGUAACAACUGGUGAAUAAAUGUAAAGUUAUACUUUAUUUAUUAAAAUUGUACAUCUA